UUCUCACAGAUGGAUUAUGUUGCAAAACAGAAGCAGGGUUUGGAAGGGACCUCCUACAAUGCUCACAGGGUAGCCACAAAACAACCACAUCCUCAGUGACACUGCAGCAGAUGACGACUUCCAAUAUGUCAGAUAUGUCAUUGUGCACUGAACUUGAUCACACUGUCUGUGACACAAAUUAAUGAAUUCAUUUGGCUUUAGAACUACUCAAACAAUGAUGCCAUGUGGCAUGGUUAGCCAAAUCUAUCAGAACCAAUAAGGCUUUCAGGUGCCAUUGAUGAUCUCAGUUAUUGAGCAGAACAGUCCAUUGUUGCCCUCAUGGCUGUGAAACAACAGCUAAUCAGCUCACUGGUGUUGUGUUACCUGAUUCAAUAUGUUGCAUGUUUCUGCAAUGUCACCUGCACCACAGACUACAAUACAUCCCUGAACUGUUCCUGCUCAGGCACAGUGCCCUCGUCUCCCAUUCUCCUUGAGGCAGAGUGCAGAGAUUCUGAAGACCAAGUGAAUGAUAGCUGUGAAAUAACACCCUCACAAAGCUGGUGUAUAAUACAACCAGAAGGUUUUUUCAUGUUAAUAUCCACUGACACUACUUGCACUGCCAGAGUAAAGCACACAGGAAAAGAAUACAAAAGGAAAACAGAUGACUCAACUGACUGGAAAUUGUAUAAAUUAGUGAAGCCGCAGCAUCCAGUCAAUGUACAAGUGACAGAGAACAUUGACAGCUACAACGUCACUUGGCAGAUGGAUGAAAACAUUUACCUUGAUGAAUGCCUCAUGUACAGGGUGCGGAUUACAACAAAUAAUAACUAUAUAAAGGAUACAGUCUAUUACCCUGUAAGAGAGGACCAGAGGUACCUAGUGCUAAACAGCCUUCAACUGCAACCAGGAACUGAGUAUGUGGCGAAUGUCCAGGCCUCAGUGAACCCUGUGAGUAACUACCGAGGUCCCUGGAGUGAAUGGAGCUCCACCGUAAAAUGGAGGACUACAGAAGGGGAUGAUAAGUUAUGGUGGCAGUGGCCCGUUUUACUGACCAUUCUCCCCUGUUUGAUCCUGUGCUGCCUGUGCUACCUCUUUAAAAUAUUGUGGCCGAAGAGGCUACACUUGAUGAACUAUUCCCCAAGCCCAGAGGACUUUUUCAAGCCUCUCUACCACACAUAUGGAGGGGAUUUUAAGAAAUGGGUUGGACCUGUCUUCGUUUUCAGUGAGCUGGAUCCCUUGGAGAAAAACCCAUCUACACAGAUGAUGACUGAGAAGCAGCUAGACAUCCUCGGGCUGUCCAGGCUGAGUGUGGAGGAAGACAGCAGCAGUGGGGACCAGGGCACCUGUCACUCUGCUGGACACGUCUCCAUUGAUACUGUGAUGGUGUCUGGGGAGGAAGGGGCUUUGUCAGGGAGUUCUUGGGUGACAUACAAGUGCAGCCAAGGUGGGGAAAGCUUCUCCCAAUAUACUGGAGGCAGCAGAGGGGGUAUGGACAGUGAGACGGAGGGCCCUCUUGGUGCUGGGGCAGAAGAGGAAGGAGGGUUAACUGGGCAGAGUGGAAGAUGGGCAUCAACGGGCCUGCCUGCUAUGAAGUGGCAGCUCCAGCUACAGGCCCGCAACUAUCAACCAGAGCAGAUUUCAUUGGACUCAGAGGACGGCUACCCUCCCUUGGUGCUGGAUCUGGACAGUGUGGACACCAUUGACAGUGGAGUCUUUGUUGAGUCUGACUGUAGCAGCCCUGUGAACUCUAACUUUGAGUCUGAGGAGCAGAUAGACUCUGGUUUACUGAGUGGGGUAGGCAGUUCCCCUUCUGAAUAUGUCAAACAGUGGGUGAGGGGUAACACUAUGCAAGAGGACUUAACCAAUUCAGGACAGAACAGGAUGAUGUGAGUUCUCCGUCACCACCUCUGUCACUGACAGUGCUCCAUCAUAUUUGUAAAAUUCCGUACUUUCCCUGGCAUAGGUAUAUUGUUCAUAUUGUCAUCAUGUUUGUUUUUUAAGUGGAGUACGAAUGAUUUCUUCCCAACAUAAAAAUGGUUUAUCGUCGUAAUACAAUAAUAUUGUUUGACAGUAGUUGUCAUGUUGCGUUAUGUAAAUAGAUGUAGACUACUCAUUUUGGCCUUCCCAGGCCUAGAUUUUGGGCUUCAUGUAAUUAAUAAUUUUGUACUGCUUAAUUUCUCAUGCAAAAUCCCUGUAGAAAGGGUAUUGUUUUUAUAUAAUGUUUGUCAUCUAAUGUCUCUUAUGUUUGUGACAAUGGAUCCAAUUGAGGAGUUUGCAUUCAUGUUCAAUCGCUUGUUAAUUCUUUAAAGGGACAAUCUGCAGUUGCUAACUAGUUACUUAACUAUAUAAACUCAUUUAUUCUUGAAGAAUAUAACUUUUAAAUGCCCCAUGAGCUUAGUUCAACUGUCGUACCCAAUCAGAAGCCAAAAUAUAAGCUUGUUUUACUCCAAUGUUUGUAAACAAUGUAAGUGGAAACAAAAACUGUAUAGCCUCAAAAUAUGCUUAAAGUUUUGAUAUAUUGGUAAUUCCUUGCGUCAAUAGCGCUGCCUAUGAAUUUAUGAGUGGUUACAUUUCUCCAGGCCCAUGCCUCAGCUAUUACCAAAACAGAGACUGGUGGCUUUGUUAUUGUUUCAGCUAACGAUUGCCCAUUUUAAAGUACAAUUUUUUUCCUCAUAUGCAUAAUGAAGUCCCACAGUGGUCAAAACAGUCUUAUUAAGUAAUGGGAGCGUUCCAACAUUCAGAUAUUAGUCUCCUUUUUCUGUACGAUACAAAAAUGCAUCAGAACACAGAUUUAGGUCUGCUUUAAUGCAGUUCUGUCAUUGUAUGAAAAUGAAAUAGACCAUUUCUCUUUACAAUUUUCAUUUGCUGAUAAGAAAUUAUAGCUAUGUGGGGUAGUAAGCGAAAGCUUGGCAGCGGUAGGCUACAUCUGAUAAAUUGACUCGCAAGUAGGUAUCGAAUUCUAUAAUCUAGAUAUUGCCAUUGCACUGUUAUCACAAUGAGUUUAACCACUGUCGAGUUUCCAUAAACAAUCUUUGAGAAGUGUGUAACAGAUUGAUUUGACUGUACUGAAGAGUAUGAUAAAAUAUAUUUUUAUAUGAAUUUCAGGAAUAUUAUAAUAAACUAUAACUUAGUUCAUCCUAUUCAUGAUGCUUGAGUAUGUGUCACACCUUGACCUUAGUAUUUUUUGUUUUCUUUAUUAUUUUGGUUAGGUCAGGGUGUGACAUGGGUGAUGUAUGUGUUUUUGGCCCUGUCUCGGGGUUUUGUAUGUCUAUGGGUGUUUACUAGUCUAGGUGUUAUGUAUGUCUAUGGUUGCCUAGAUUGGUUCUCAAUUAGAGGCAGCUGUUUAUCGUUGUCUCUGAUUGGGAACCAUAUUUAGGCAGCCAUAUUCCUUGGGGUAUUUCGUGGGUUAUUGUUUGUGUUAGUUGCCUGUGUUUGCACUUAUCAUAUAUAGCGUCAUGUUUGUUUAAGUGUUCUUCGUCUUAUUAAAGAAGAUGUAUUCAUCUCAC